UCCAUUGAAGUCAAAAUCCACGGGUUUAUGCCAUUGCCGUGUUCCCAUCAAUUCCCUUCUCAUGUUGCUUUGAAAUAUCUGAUUUUUAUUGUCAUCAAUUAGUACCGUACCAAUAUACCAGACUCCUUUAUUAAUCAGAACCACAAGUGUCAAAAUCCCUUUCUAAUUCCCAGCAUGAAGUUCUUUUUUUGUGGCUCAAGUUGUUUUUCCUCUGGACCAAAAGCCACCAUCAUCAAUAAUAGAAGCAGCUUGCCAGGUGAACAAAGUCAUGGCAAUUUGCGCUUAUUCUCUUCUAAUGAACUCGAAAUUGCCACCCAAAACUUCUCUUCCUCUAACAAGAUUGGAGAAGGUGGCUUCGGUUGUGUGUACAAGGGUUGGUUGGAGGAUGGUUCUGUAGUGGCUGUGAAGGUUCUUUCAGUUGAAGUUGAAUCUAUGCGUGGAGAGAGAGAAUUCAUAUCUGAGAUAGCUGCACUGUCUGAUAUCAAACAUGAAAAUCUGGUUACACUUCGAGGAUGUUGUGUUGAUGGGGCCAAAAGAUAUCUGGUCUAUGAUUACAUGGAGAACAACAGCCUCGUACAUACUUUGCUCGGACAAGAGCACAACAGGGUCAAAUUCAGUUGGGAAGCAAGGCGUGGUAUUUCAUUAGGAGUUGCUCGUGGGAUUGCCUAUCUUCAUGAUGUGGUCCAACCCCGUAUUUUGCAUCGAGAUAUCAAAGCUAGCAACAUACUUCUUGAUCAAAGCUUUACACCAAAAGUGUCAGAUUUUGGUCUUUCAAGAGCACUCAGAGACAAUACAUCUCAUGUCAGUACUCAUGUUGCCGGGACAUUAGGAUACCUUGCUCCAGAAUACGCUGUUAGCGGACGUAUGACACGGAAAUCGGAUGUUUACAGUUUCGGAGUAUUACUUCUGGAAAUUAUCAGUGGGCGACCGGUAGUGGAUUUUGACUUGGAACAUGGUGAACACUACCUGGUUCAAAAGGCAUGGGAAGCCUACAAGGGCAACAGUCUUCUGCAGAUAGUAGACCCCGCUCUUCAUAUGGACUUCCCAGAAGAAGAAGCACUUCGAUUCUUAAUGGUUGGCCUGCUUUGCGUGCAAGAAACUGUCAAGCUCCGCCCAAGUAUGUCUACCACAGUUAAAAUGCUGACGAACGAAAAUGACAUCAAAGACGUUCAAAUUUCACAACCAGGGCUUCUUUCUGAUCUGAUGGAUAUCAGAUUGCGACAGAAGCAUUCAUCCCAGAGGACACAGACCACAUUUUCCAGGGGCUCAACCACAACAAGCACGCAUAGUACCAGCUAUUUUUGAUUCUGUAAUUCUUGUUCUUUAACCCCUCAAAAAAAGGACAAGAAAAUUUUCAUUUCUAACCAAAGGAGUCUAGAUAAUAACUCUAGUGCAUAUAUUGUUUGGAUCAUGCUGAUUUUGUGUGGUCAAACCAAAGGUUUCUGUGAUUCUACAGGAAAAAUCCCUUUCACAAGCUGUUGAAUUUACUGAAAAAAUAAUGCUAUAGAAGUAUAGAGUAGUCA